AACUUGAAUUUGUUCUUUUCCUAUGCAAUUCUUUUAUAAAAGCUUUAUUCAGAUCUUAAUCUAUUUUUGUUUUGUCAACAAAUUUAAUGCCUUUUGUUUUCUGCCAACAAAUUAAAACGUCUUAUCAGUUUUAGUGUUUUAGAAUUCUAAAAUAUGGGUACGUAUAGUCAAUAAAGUGAUAGUUACAUCAAAAUACGAAUCUUAUCUUGUGUAUAACCUGAGGGCCAAAUAAUGAUUUCCAUAAUCGGUUCAUUAGUAACAAAGACUUUUAAUACGAACCAUAAUAAUUUAAAAAAAAAGAUAAAGUAUAAAACCAUAAUCAAAUUUUUUAUCACUAACUCGAAAAGACAGAAAACAAUUUCGUAAUUACCUCGAAAACUCAAUGGCAAUGUUGUAUUCCCUUCACUAUUUAAACAUCCUCUCUCCCAAACGCUCAAAUCCCUCCCACCUGACAUUUUCUCUCACUUUCUCGUGAAAAAGAAAAAACAUAUCAGCUCCCAAAAAAAGAAAGAAAACAAUGGCCGGAAGUGUUGGAAAAUGCAGCAAGAUCCGCCACAUUGUGAGGCUCAGGCAAAUGCUCCGGCGAUGGCGCAACAAAGCUCGGUUAUCUUCAGUCAGCCGUUGUGUGCCGUCCGAUGUUCCAGCUGGACACGUGGCAGUUUGUGUAGGUAGCGAGUGCAGGAGAUUCGUGGUGCGCGCGUCGUACCUGAACCAUCCGAUCUUGAGCAAUCUCCUUGUCCAAGCUGAGGAAGAGUACGGUUUCGUGAACCAGGGGCCGUUGGUUAUCCCUUGUGAAGAGUCGGUUUUCGAGGAAGCGAUCCGGUUCAUUUCUCGGUCUGAUUCUUCCCGGUCGAGCCGGUUUACUUGUCCUGAAGAUAUCCAGAAAUGCCACGGAGGAAUCAAAAGCAAGCUAGAUCUGUUGAUCGAAUCUCGGCCGUUGCUUCACGGCGUCGUCGAGAAAGCCGUCUGGUGAAGAGUCUCGGUCCGUACGAUUUAUGACCCGGUUUGACUCGGAACGAGUUUGAUCGCCAUGCGAAGGAAGAAGACGAAUUUUCGAAUAAAUCGUCAUUGAGUUGAGACGGCCGGGUUACCACCGAGUCGGGUGGUGCUAAUUUCGGUUUAACUUUUUUUAAAAAAAAUAUUUAAUUAUAUUGGGGCCUGGGGUUUUAAUCUGGUGGCGGGUUACUCACUGAGUCGAGACAGAGGAGAUGGCGGUUAGCAGGUGGGUGAGUCGUUCCACCAAGUCAUCCCGGGUUCGAAUCCGAGUUCAAAGAUUGUAAAUGUAAAUAAGAUCAAAUUAACAUUUUGAAUCAGAUUAUUUCAAGGGCUUUUGAUUUUAAUAUUAUUUUGCUAUCACCCUAACUCAUCUUCAUAAUUAUUUUACCAAUGUACCAAAAUGGAUAUGAACUUAGUACAAUAAAUAAUGUAAUAUAUAUGUAUAUAUAUUUAACACCAAAUAAUGCAAUAUAUUAAAAAAUAUAACCACAGUUUUCCAGAAAAAGUUAAAGUUUUUCAAGAUAUGAAAACGAAGUUGUUCGAAAAAAAUAAAAUAAAAGGAAAUAACGAUAAAUAUAGUUUGCAAAUUUAGAAAUACUGCAUUCCGACAAGGGCCAUGUGAAGGAAAGACUAUUAGCCCAUUUUAUCUGGUUCGCCUGCUGUGCUCAACUUCUUUGUUUUGUCUUCACUUUCUCCAUACAGUAAAAAGUACAGGCUAUGGUACACAUAAUCAUUUACAACUUACUUUAAUUAGUGUACUGGAAUUAUUUGUGUACUUUACAUAGUUUUAUCUAAACUCUAAAUUAAUUCUCCAACUUAAAAGGUAGUUUUUUGCCGAGCUCUCUUGUGGGGAAUCUAAGUGGAGUUUCUCAAAAAUCUCUUAUAUACUAAAACACAAGUCACUUGCCCAAUAAUAUUUUGACACAUAGAUAAUAUUUUAUUUUUCAAAAACACCAAUUACUAAAAAGAAAAACAGUUAGUUUCAAAAAAAAAAGAAACAGUUGAAACAAAUCAGUUUCAGAAUGUAAAACCAAAAGAAAGAAAAUAAUUAUUUUAACCGCCUCAUAUAUUACAUCCACGAUCUCCAGCUUAUUAUGUAUUACAUUGGUUAGUGAUGUAGACGAAUUCAAAUAAUUAAUAGUUAUUUAACAAGCGACCAAGUUUUUUAAGUCUCAACAUUUAGUUAUUUCAGUUUUAUGGUUUUAACUUUUUUUUUGUUUUUGUUUUGUAGAGGAACCGCGCUUCACGUGAUAAGCUAUGCAAUUGGUAUGUUAGAAUUUUCAAGCAACUCUUAUGAUAAGUAAUUUCCUGGUCACUUUUAUUCAGAAAACAUACUAAGAAAGAUUAUAGAUGGACAUAAAACUAAUAUAAAAAAUUCUGUAGUGCUGUUUAUUUAGUUAUAUGUAAUUUUAGUUUGUGUGAGUAUUUAAUCUAACUUCAGUUUGUUAAUUCGAAUCAUGUCUUUAAUACCUUUAUAAAAAAAUUAUAUACAUAAGAGAUUUACCCAGUGCGUUAGCACGGGAGAUACACUAGUAUAUUAAUAAAAAACAUAAAAAGUAGAAAAGACUAAUAUAUAAGUUUUUAUUUAUCGUGUACAAAAAGAAAAGCUUUUAUUUAUAAAACUUUAGAGAUGACUCUCUCGUUUGGACUUUGUUUCUCUCUCAAAAAAAUUAAUUUCUUAAUUAAGUAAAGUUUUUGGUUUGACCACCGAGUAAAAUCUCACUAAGCACCGCUAAAGUUCAUCUUUUCUCGGUGAAUCUUCAUAGUUAUCCAAGUUUAUUCAUCUUUACAGAAGCGUGUGGAAACAAUAGUCAAUAAUCUGACAGUGAAAUGUCGCAUGCGAUGGAUAAGACGAUGAUGGCGUUAUUGCUUGAGGAAGAAGAUGAACCGUUUGACAUGCCUAAUCUUCCGCAGUUCAAGUCGAUCGAAAAAAACUCCCGGAGUCUAAUCGGAAGGAUUCUAAAUCCGGAUUUUCAGAAAGUUUCAACGGUGAUACUUGAGAUGCCCCAAAAUUGGUAGAAACAAUGCAAAGUUUGGGGUGUUCCUUUGUCAAAAGAAGGAUCAUGAGGAUGAUCUUCUAGAUGUGUUGAAGAAAGGGGUUCAUACUUCAAAUGAUUGGACCUUAGUUAUAGAUCGAUGGGUGGGGCACCCCCCCCCCCAGAUUAUUUAUAGUAUAUGUUAAUUUGGGUUCAGAUCUGAAAUAUCCCUAUCAACCACUACACAGAAGAGGCGAUCACAGCCCUGGGAGAGCUAGUAGGGGCGAUAAAGGUUAUAGCUUUUGACCUUGAUAAGCUGCAGCGAGAAGCGUAUAUUAGGGUCCAGGUUCGAUUUGAUGUGUCAAGACCGUUACGAAAAUCAAAAGUGGUAAACCUUCCUGAGGAUGGAUCAUCUGUUGUCUUCUAUAAUUACGAAAGGAUCAAAAAAGAUGUUACAAAUGCCAAAGACUGAAUCAUGCCAAAGAGGUCUGCCCUAUUCUGGUGGGAAGAAGAAGGGAACAAUCAGCGGUGAGGAGACAAAAAAUAUUGGAGGCCAGAGCAUCAGAUGAGAAAGUUCUUCUUGAGGAUGAUCCACUCUUUGGUGUUUUUUUUCUGAGGAGCAAGUGGGCAUCUGCAAGAUAACAUGAAGGAAGAAGAUAUCAUCUGAGGUGCUGGAUGAAAUGAGAAGAUAUUUGUUGACAGCUUUUGGCGCUGAUAAGCUGGUGAGGAUUGAAAGGGUAAAAGCAUCAGUUGCAAAGGCUGAAAGAGAUCCAAUAGCUCAGAAGACGGUACUUCAUUUGGAGUCUGCCCCAGUUUUCACAAAGCAGCUGGAUAAAGGCAAGGGGAUUGUGUUCGAUUUUGAUAUCAAUUCGUCGGGGGAUCAGCUUCCUAUGUAAUCUUUGCAUAAAGAUAAGUUGAGGCAUCAAAUUUUAAGGCACGAAAGAGAACGAGUGCUUUCACAAGGUUAGGCAAUUUGAAGAUGAAUGAACUGGGCACUCAAUCAAGAAAAGUAGAGAAGACAUCAAAGUCUACCUUUCCUGGUAGCAAGAGUAGCUUCGAGAUCACUGAAUAUAUAUCAGCUUCUCCUUGUGUUGAAAGGAACUCUACAGAACAUGGCUCUGAUCAUUUUGUGACUGGACCAUCCGGGGUUAAUCAGAAGCAGAAAGCUAGAUGAAGACCCUAUAUCAAAAAGAGAAAAGAACAGCAUAGCAAAGCGUCGAAUGUACUUCAGGACCUCUAUGCAGGGGAGUCUGUGGUGAAUUGGCAAGCUCGAAGAGGAAGACAUCAGAUGAAGAUGAAAGAGGUUGGAAAGCUGCAAAGUUUAAAGAAUCAAGGGUGAUCCCAAAUGAGAGAUCACCGAAAUCAAAAUAAGUAUAAUCAGCGGGAAUUGUCAGGAUCUGGAACGGCUUCAAGGACUAACAAUUCAUCACCUAUAAGAAAUGCGUAAAAAAUAUUUCCCGGAGGUGUUGUUCCUUAUGGAGACUAUGCAUAGUAGGAAUGUUUUGGUUGACCUUCAGGUUUCGCUUGGAUAUGAUAGAUUUUUCACAGUUGAUCAUGUCGGUGGGGGGGGGAGGGGGGGGGGCUAUUUUAUGAAAAAGAUCUGUAAAUAUUAAGUUCGAGAUUAUAAAUAAAAACCUUUUGGAUUGUAUAAUACAACUAGAAGCAGUUUCUUUCUAUGCGUCUUGUAUAUAUGGUCCUUCGGAUUUGAGAAGCAGGCUAGACUUGCGGGAACGUCUUAGUCGUAUCGGUGUAAAUAGAAAGGAUAGUUGGUGUGUUUGGGUAUUUUAAUGAUAUCCUGCAUAGCGGGGAAAAAGAUGGAGGGCCUAGGAGAUCAGACGAGUCUUUCGCACCUUUCAAUCAGAUGGUUGAAGCUGGAAAGCUGGAAUAGUUGCCUAGCCAUGGUAAUGGUUUUACUUGGGGUGGGCGACGUGGAACGCAUUGGAUUCAAUCUAGAUUGGAUAUGUGCUUUGGGAAUAAAACUUGGUUCAGAAAGUUCCAUUGCUCCAACCAGUCUUUUUUGGAUAAGAGAAUAUGUGACCACCAUUCUAUCCUCAUAAAGUUGAUUGAAGCUCAUGAGUUUUAUAGAGGAUGAUUCAGAUUUGAUAGAAGAUUUCUGGAAUCUGACAGUAUCAAAGAUAAUGUAGCUAACGUUUGGAGCUUUUCUGAAGGGGUGGACCAGGUUCAGUUUCUGCAGGUCUCAAAGCGUGUAGGAAAGCUCUAAGUGCCUUGAAGAAGAGUUCCAACCUGAAUUCUAGAGACAUAAUUUAUGAGCUAGAAUUUGAGUUGGAAUAUCAACAGUCUAUGAGUGAUCCUUCGGUGCAACAAAUUAUUUUCUGAAAAAAGAAUUAGUGAAAGCCUAUAGAGAUGAAGAAACUUACUGGUGGCAGAAAAGCAAAGACAAAUGGAUGCAUGGAAGAGAUUGAAUACCAGAUUUAUUCUUUUUUUUAACACUGAUAACUUCCAUUGAGAGUAAUAAGCCAAACGGCCAUGGUACAAAGGAUAGCAUUGGCGUUCAAGCACCAUGCAAAAGCAAGCAAAUUAAGAGACAACAAGCAACCCAGUAGGGACAAAAACCGUUAAAACCAGAUUUAUUCAGAAUUCGAUUAAGGCUGCACGUGCAAAGAACUCAAUUGAUAAGCUCAUAAAUGAGGAUGGAGUUGAAGUGUUUUCUGAAGCAGCAAAGGGUGAUGUGGCUAUUAAUUUUUUCUCCAAGCUAUUCAAAUCUUCCAAUCCUUUGCCUUUUUAUAGUUGGUUUCGAGGAAUGGCUUUGAGAGUUACAGAUCAAAUGAAUACGCACCUAACCAGUCAGUGUCAGCAGUCGAAAUCAAGGAGGCAGUUUUCUCGAUUGAUCCUACCAGGGCUCCUGGUCCAGAUGGAAUAUCAUGAAUAUUUUUUCAAAAAUUCUGGCCGCUUUUGGAGUCUCAGGUGGUAAAGGAGGUUCAUAUAUUCUUUACAUCAGGGAUCCUCCCGAAAGAUUGGAAUUACACCCACUAGUGCCUUAUUCCAAAGAUCCUUGAUUCAAAGUCAAUGUCUGAUCUCAGGCCUAUUAGCCUUUGUUUUGUGAUCUACAAAAUAGUAUCCAAGAUUAUGGUGAAGAGGUUGAAACCAUGGAUGGAUAGUAUUGUCGCGAUUACGCAAUCUGAUUUUGUACCUGAUAGAUUGGUUUCGGAAACAUCACUAUAGCUCAUGAGAUAGUGCAUUCCAUUGGAUCAUCACAGAAGUUUGGAGAGAAAGUAUAUGGUCGUAAAGACAUAUAUGUCUAAAGCGUAUGAUCGGGUGGAGUGGGAUUACCUCCGGUCUCUUCUUUUUGCAAUGGGUUUUGAUAUCACCUUGAUUAAUCGAGUUAUGUCUUGUGGUUUCCUUGGUGUCUUAUUCUAUACUCAUCAAUGAUCAACCGCGUGGAUUAGUGAUACCCCAAAGAGAUCUGAGUCAGGGAGACCCUUUAUCCCUGUUUAUUUUUGUGUUAUGUGAUGAAGGCAUAUCCCAUUUAAUGAGGAAAGCAUAAGUUCAAGGCUCUGUAUCAGGAAUCAAAUUUGGGGAGGAAAGAUUGUCGGUUAAUCAUUUACUACUUGCUGAUGAUUGUCUGUUUACAUGUAAAGCUAAUGAAGAUCAAAGUGCAAAUCUUCACAGUAUCCUUCAGAGGUAUGGAGACGUUUCGGGCCAAGUAAUUAAUCCAGCCAAGUCCUCCAUUACGUUUGGGAAAUGGAUACUAGAGGAAGUAAAGAACAGUGUUAGAAUGAAGUUGGUAAUUGAGGCCGAGGGUGGAGCAUUCAAGUAUCUUGGCCUACCAGAAUGUUUGAAGGGCUCAAAGGUUCAACUCUUCGCUUACAUUAAAGAAAGAUUGAAUAAGAUAAUAUCAGGAUGGUAUGAAAAAAACCCUUUCUCAAAGAGGCAAAGAAAUUCUUCUGAAGUCAAUUGCGUCUGCUAUGCCGGUUUCAGCAAUGUCUUACUUCAAACUUCCAAAAACUGUUAUCUCAAACCUGGCUAGUGCAAUGGCGAAUUUUGGUGGAGCGAGUUAGAGCAUAGAAGGAAGAUACAUUGGAUAAGUUGGGAGAAAAUGUGUCUUCCAAAGGAGCUUGGUGGGGGGGGGGGAUUUGGUAAGACACAUUUUCUCCCAACUUAUCUUUACCAUGCUAAGCAAGCAUGGAAACUUGUUCACUUUGAAGAUUGUUUGAUGACCAGAGUCCUAAAAGGAAAAUAUUUGGGGGGGGGGGAUUUGGUAAAAGCUCCACCGGAUCAUAACCCUUUUACACUUGGAGGAGUAUUUUGCAUGGAUGGGAGCUUCUCAUUCAAGGUUUAAGACAUUCAGUUGGGAAUGGGACGAGUUUAAACAUCUGGACAGAUAAAUGGAUAGAAAAUGAGGAUGGAACAUGCAGACCUCCAAUAAGAAGACAACGAUUUUCUGAUGUUAAUCUAAAGGUGUCUGAUGUAACUAAUCCUCAUACCAGAAGAUGAGAUAUAACCAAAAUGGAGGAGUUGUUUGUGCCUGGAGAUAUUGCCUUACUGAAUCAUCAUCAGCUGGUAGUAUCUGAUAAAGAUUCAUGGUUUUGGAAGCAUACAAGGAGUGGGAUAUACUCGGUGAAAAGAGGGUAUGAUCUCGCUCUCCUUAUCAAGAACCAUUCCUUAAUCAAUGAACAAUCGCCAACACCCUCCAUCAAUCCCUUAAAAGCUAAGGUUUGGUCUAUUAAGGCUCCAUCCAAGAUUAAAGUGUUUAUUUCGAAAGCUCUAUCGAAUGCUUUAACGUUUAAUGAUAGCCUGAGAGAUAGAGGGAUGAAGUGUGAUGAAGUUUUUCAGAUUUGCGGGAUGGCCAGUGAGUAUAUAAAUCAUCUUUUGUUCGUUUGCUCAUUGGCAAGACAAAUCUUGGCGAUCUCCGGUUUCCCUUCGCCGGCUGGAGGAUUCCAUAACUGCUCUCUCUUUGUAAACUUGAACCAUUUGUUUUCAGUAUCAGAUGAUAAAGGAAAUGUGAAGGAAAUAACGCGAGUUUUUCCUUGGACACUUUGGUAUAUUUGGAAAACAGGAAUUCAUUGCUUUUUGAUGGGUUCCUUUUUGAUGGCUUACAAACAUGGAAGAAAGCAAAAGAGGAAUCUGGUCUUUGUCUUUUCGCUCGAUCAGCAGAAAAUAGGGAAGAGGACAUGAGGAGUGUCUCGGUCUGGUCGAAAAGGGAAAGUUAGUAGGAGCAGCAUGGGUGUUGCGUGACUCAAAUGGACUGGUUUGUUUGCAUAGUCGUCAUGCUUUCGGAUCUGUUGGGUCGAAAGACCAAGCAUAUUUCUUAUCACUCGUUUGGUCGAUAGAAAGCAUGGUCAGUCACAAGGUUUCGAGGGUACACUUUUCUUUUGAAAGAAGGAUGUUAGCUAAUGCUAUAAAUAGACCAAAAGCAUGACCUUCCUUCAAAUUUGAAGUGAGGAAAAUCUUGCUUCUGCUUUCUAAUUUUUUGGAAUGGGAGGUUCUGUUCGAAUCGCCACCAGCAGACAAGAGUGCUCAUCUUAUUGCUCAAAGUGUUGUGAUGCAAAAUAGAUUUUAAUCUUAUGUUGCUUUGGGCCAGCCGAGGUGGCUGUCUUUUUUGUUUGAUCAUGAGCGUUCUUGUUAGCUCUGAUGUCUAGUGAUAUUGUUGUCUGAUUGUAUGUUUCUGGUUUCGAUUAUACUAAUGAAAAGGCUCAGAUGAAAAAAAAACUUUGGAGAUACUCGAAGAACUUCAGAAGCCCUCCGUCCAUUUAUAAGUGGUUAUCUCUUUUCAAAAUUUAAAAUUGUUUUGUGUUUUAGAUAUUCAAAGUGGGGUUGUAACUGUCGGAGUUAUUCAGUGUAACAUAUUUUACGUCUAUGUUUAUUUAUGUGAGGAGAAUAUUAAUAGUUUUAACUAGAUUAUAAAUCUAGUCUAUCAUUUUACUCAGUACUGUAGAGUACAUCAACAUCUUCUAUUAUUAUUGCAUGGUAUUUUUUAUAAACAAUGACAAUUUUAUCUUAUGAAAAUAUACAGCUAUAAAAUUAUAAUAGUUGCGGCGGCACAAUCAUAGUGAUUUUUAGAGUUUGGUGGGUGUGGAACAAACAUAUGGGGGAACUGUUUUAUAAAGGUCAACAUGAAGUAAAGUAAUUUUGUUCAAACUACUAGUUAGUGAGUUUGAAAGUAGAAUUACAACUGGAUUUCUCUUUUAGCACUUCAUCUAAAUAAACUCUAAAAUCUUUUUUUUUCAGCUUAUUCAAACGCAGUGCAAUAACCCCCACCCCCCCCCCCUCUCCAGAAUCACUAAUGUCUCUCGUUUCAAGGGAUAUGGUACUUACAGUGCCGUGCGAAGGGUCUUAGGGGCCUAAGGCAAGUUUUAAAAAUAAACUUAUUACAACUAUAAUGAUUUUUUUUUUGCAAUAUGAUAUAUCGCUUUUACCAAAUACACAAAUCUAACGCUGUAAAAGAAUAAGUUUAUGCUAUAUUAUGUCAUAUAAGAAAAAAAAUACAUGAAUUCAGAAGGUUAGUUAGUCUACUAUGUGGAAAGGGUUUUUAAAAAAAUAAGUUUAAAUCAUUAGAUUAUAAAUUAUUUUAAAUUUUGGGGCCCCAAAAAAAAUUAUAUUAAUCGGGGGCCUAAGGCGAAUGCCUUUUUCAAUACACUGUAGACACGCCUCUGGGUACUUCAAAGUCAUUUCAUAUACUUUUCAACUGAUUGUUAUUAGCAAAUAAUCGGUAGAUGUGGAACCAAUCUGUUUUCAGUUUAUAAAUUUGUGUAGACUUGAAAAGAAAAUUCACUUAGUCAUUUUUUGUUCACGAUACUUUCUAAAAGCUACAAUAAUGCUAUAUAUAUUUAUGAAAAUGACUCUGCCUCCAUCAUCCUAAACCCCACAUAUAUUCGAUAUCUGGCAUAUGUUCUAGCAGUUUUUCUACUUUAAAAUUUACAUACUCAUCAAUAUAUGCAUUCAUACUAUACAAAAAAUGAGAGAAAGAAUACUUUACAAAACCAUUCAUUCAACAACGUAUACAUCAAUAUCUCUACAAGUCCUUUUCUAUUUGUACGAACACUGUACUGCCACUUGGAAGUUGAAAUGACAUGAAUAUAUGUGUGUAUAAUUUAGAAUUGGAGUUAUAAGCGAUACGUUUUUAGUGGAUUCGUAUAAAUAGUUAGAAGAAAAUAAUUAAACACAGAAACUAUAUUAAAUUUCUAUUGUUGACAUAAAAUUGAUGAGAAGAUUCUCCAAAAGGACAGUGAAGAGAAACCCCAUUGGGAGCCAUUGAUCCAAUCACGGAACUUCUAACUUUCUACCUUUAACCCUUACCUUAUGAUCAUUUUACAAUCUCGACCCUAAUUACCUUUCCUCACGCUCAUUGUUUUUUUUUUCUUGUUUACAAACUCAACUUUUAACGAUUUAAAAUAAAAUUUGGGGAAAACUAAAGAGCUUGGGGUUUAGGGAAAAUUUAGAUAUUAUCUGGAGUGCUUCAGGUAAAGAAAAUAAAGUUAUUAUCGCUUACUACUUUUCCUUGACUUUGGAUUUUUUCACACACGGUUCCCGUUAAAACUUCUGUGCUUCGAUUUAAUUUAUUCUAUCUCUUAUUUUUGUAAUUUAUAACGAUUAUAUAUAUGGUGAUCCUUGCUCAUUCUUAUGGUCAAAACCCGCUUUUCAGUCUGGACAUUCAUGUUCGGUUAAUUUCGGAUUAUAUGUCCGUUUUUUGGCAGUGGAUUGAGGUAAAGAGUGAUAGAGUCUAUGAAUCAAAACUGGUAUGCGCCUCCUUGGCGUUGAUGUUGUUGGUUGAUUGUCUGAUCUCAGAUUUCUUGGGAACCAACAGAUUGAGCGUGAAUUGUAGUUCAGUUUAGGGUUAUGACAUGCUCGUGCUUUCCUUGUCUUCGUAUAGUAUGGACCUUUUAUGGGUCAAGAGGCGUUUCAGCUUGGGUCGUAGGUUGACCGUGUUUUAUCGUUGUGAAAAAUGAUUGUCUCGUUGGCUAGUUUAAUGACUUAUUCAGUUGCAAAAUUAUCUUCGAGUUGUGGUGGUUGCAAUGAUCUUUCGUCGUUUCAGUGUGUUAUUGUUUAUUCUAGUUAUGGGUUUGAGCGACGAAGCUUGGUUGUGUAGAGUUUAUGGUGGACUUCGUUAUAGGUGUAAAGUGGACGUCAUAGUGUGUUCAAGCCGUAUCCGAGGGAAGUUGGGAUCGUGAAGUGAUCCUUCCGGUCGGGUUGGGAAGUCUUGGUUCUUAGUUUCGAGUGGGGUGGUAUCGGCGGGCCAUAGGCGGCAGCAAUAGAUCCGGGUUGAGAAGACGCGACAGUAUCUUCGGGUUUUACAAGUGGAUGGUAUCGUAUGGCGUGUCGAGAGCAGCAUCGAUUUAUCUAGAUCAUUGUUAUCUACUAUUUAGGAGGUUUUUUGCACUGGGUUGUCUUAUGCUUUGGUGUAAUUCUUAGUUUAUUGAGUCGUAGUACGAUGUCUUAUGUUCGAAAGUUACCCAUGUGAGUUUUAACUACCUGUUUUUUGGGCUUUUGUUUUUGGGAAUAUCUUUUCAUUCUCCAGUUAUGUAUUAAACGGUGGCUUUUCACUAUGAAUUAAUUUCAAUUUGAGAAAAAGAAACGAUUAUAUAUAUAUAUAUAUAGUAAAUGUGUUUAUGUAUAGUAUACUACUUGCACUUUUCUUUAUUUCAACUUGAGCAACAUGCAGAGAACUUCACGUUCAUGCAUUAUAGAGUUUUGAUUAGAAACUUUGAAAAUGAAAGAAACGAUUAAAUUUUUGUUAUGAAUAGGGCUACUUCCGGUGGGUGCGUGUGUAUAGAGAAAACUGAAACCAGCGGCCCUUUUGUCUCUAUCGUCGAGUACAUUCUUGUUCUUUUACAUAUAUUGGUUUAGUUAUAACAUUUUUAUAUGAUUUAACAAAUCCUCUUUUAUCUCGUUGAACUAACUACAGUUGGAUGGAUAAUGGAUGCAAUAUAUUAACAACAAAGUUGAACCAAAAUGUAAAAAAUAUACCAAAAUGAAACUUCUCCACUGUUAUUGAAUAAAAUCUAAGUUGGAGAUUUUAGAGUGAUUUAAAUAUUUUUGAGUGUUUGAAAAAGAUUUCUUAGUUAUAAAAAUAAAAAUCUAAAUCCCAUAGUUUUAGAUGAAAUUCUAGAAAUUGUUAACAAAAACACACCAAAUUCUAAGAUUCACCUAAAAUCAUAUAAAAACUCACUAAAAACAAAUUACUUCAAAUUUCAGAUUCAGUACACCCCCCCCCCCCCCCCCCCCACCCCAUUACUAUGUUAGAACUUUACUGAAUGUUUCUGAUCACUAAAUUAAUAAAAGGAUUGGUCGUUUUCCAACCUAUCUUACAAAGAGGGUUUAUAAAUGGCACACUUAAAGAAACAUCCUAUUGUUUUAUUUUUUGACCUUUUGACUUGUAAAUUGUGUACCGGAUUGGUUACAGAUUCGUCAUAAGCCGGAUGGUGGAGUUUAAUUUGGAAAUGAUGAAGUUAAGCUAAUUAGUUUGAGAAAUAUAUCAACAAGAUAACCUCAAGGGAUUUAUAUAUUGGAUCGAUCUUAUGUGGCUAAUAUCUCUCUAAAGGUAUUAUCCUGAGUAACACAAUUACAUGCCAAACUCUAUGGUAACUACAAAUGCUUAGUCUCUCAGUAACCGAAGAAUUACUUACAGACUUACCAUAAGAAACUAAUAAGUGAAAAAACUACUGAAAACCGUGAGAAGUCACAAUACAGAAAUAGGAUGCUUCACUGAUUGCAUGUCUUUAUAAGAUAUACCCACUUUUUAUUUUAAAGGUCAGAAACUUUUUGAGGGGGAAAAUCAAAGACUGAGGAAGGUAAGAUCUGUCACUUUGGUUGGCAAAUGAGAAAAUGGUUGUCAAUUCUAUGUAUAUAUGUCUCUGUUAGUUUUUGGAUUACUUGCAUGUCUUUCUCGUUUGAAAAGCAUUGUUUGGACUUUUAAAGAAAGGAUCUAUAUCGAUACCGUCGGGUAGUUUAUGUGACUUGUAGUCGUUGUAGGGGUGAGAAAUAUUGAUUCUAGACUUAUUUUGGGACUUAUUUUAGCUGUCAUUCAUGAAAAUGACCUGUGGAAAUAAAACAUGAAACAUAACUUUUCUCAAAAAAAAAAAAAAACAACAUUACUUCCGUAUCACUUUAAGUGGUGUUUAAUAAUUGAUGUUCUUAUUAUUUUAGAUAGAAUUUAAUAUCAUUUAAACUUUGUGAUCAAUUGCAAAAUACUGAAUUUUAAAUUAGUUGAAUUAAUUUUAUUUAAUAAUAUUUUUAUGUAAUCAAGACAAAUUGUAUAGAAGUUUGUAUUUUCUUAAUUCAAGUAACAAAAACUUUAAAAAUCACUUAAACUGAUACAGAAGGAGUAGAACAUAGUUCGGGUGUAUACUUGUAAGCAACUUUGAAUGCUAACCAGGGGCGAAUCCAGGUUAUUAAUUAAGUGGGUGCACUAUUGAUUACAACAUGUAAAAAGUCACAAGGUGGUUUCGAACUCGGGUUUGGUAUGGGUGCACAACACCACUUUUCCACCUGCUCUAACUAAAUUUUUAUGUUUUUCUAUAUGAAUAUUACAUUAUAAAUAAAUAUUAUGGGUGCACAGGCCCCCAUAGUGGGUAACCUGGCUUCGCCCCUGAUGCUAACUCAAACUGUUUUUACUGGGAUGUGUCCUAGUCUUUCACGUAUAGAUUCGAUAAUAGAUACAACUUCUCUGAUAUAUAUAUAUAUAUAUAUAUAUAUAUAUAUUCUUUUCCGACAAACAAAAAAAUGAAAUAGCUGGGUGGAACCCGAGCAAUGAAGAGGGUGUAGAAGUGUACUAUAACCAUCUUUUCUAGCUCAUUAUAUAACUUCUAUAAUAGAUUAAGUGUUUAAAUACUCGUAGUACAUGUAAACAAAUACUUCUCUAAAAUCAUUAGAGCAUUCUCAAAAGGGAGUUCUACUCUCAAGUAUCUAAAAACACAUAUAUAUAUAUAUAUGUAUGUGUAUAUAAAUAUUAGUAUUUACUUGCGGGUUAGAUAAUUUUGAUUGUGUUUUCUGUAGUUUUUAGAAAUCUAUAAUUAAAUAUUUAUAUUAGUAUAUUUUUUUUUAGAUGUUUGAGAGUAGAAUUUUUUAUUGGAGGUGCUCUUACAGUUUGAACAUAUUAUUUCUUGUAAAGCCUCGAAAAGGUAAUGUCGUAAUGGAACCUUAGAGCAUCUCCAAUGUAUUACUCCAAAUUUUACUCCAAAAUGGUAUAACUCCAAAAUGGAGAUGGAUUUUACUCCAAUGUAUUACUCCAUUUUUUACUCCAAACAAAAAGAUUUUUUUUUCAUUUAGUUAAUAAUUAUUAUUAGUACUUUCAACUUAUAAAAAAUUAACAAUUAACCCAACUAUUUUAUGUUUACAAAAUUUCCAUAAUAAUAUAUUUUAUUUAAAUUAAAUAUUUAUCAUUAAAAAUACAACUAGAGAUUAUCUUCCAAUUUCAAUUCGUGCAGAUUUUAUCAUAUGCAAUUUUUCUAAUUCAAAAAUAUUUUUAUGCAUUAAAAGAACAUAAAGAAAAAACAAAGUUUUGUUUUAUAAUUUGAAUUAUGUAUUGGGUCCUAUUGUUUGUUUGUGCAUAUAUCAAGUUCAACAAGUACAAAUGUUAUCAAUCAAAAUUUUGACCCACAAGAUUAAAAAAAUCGUCUAUUCCGUUUGAAUAAUACCUCACCGAUUUUGGUAGUUUCGAAAACAAUUUACCGAAUUAAUUAUUAAAUUACUUAUUUAUAUUAUAUUAUAUUAUAUUUAUUUUAUAUUAUUUAUUCUUAGUUUUGACUUUUAUGAGUUUAUGCAUAUUUUCUGUAAGCUAUAAAGUAAUCUUUUGCAAAUUAUUAUAUUUUUUAUGUUAUUAUAUUAUUUUAAGUAUGAAAUAAAAACAUUAAAAAUUAAAAGGACCAUUUUAUAAAUAUAAAAAGUUCAACUCCAAAAUGGAGUAAUGGGUAAAAUUACUUCAUAAAUGGAGUAACCCUAGCUAUUACUCCAUUUUGGAGUUGAAUAUGGAGUGGGGUUGGAGAAAAUUUUACUCCAUAAUUGAGUUUGGAGUAAAAAAUAAAGUAGGGUUGGAGAUGCCCUUAGGAUGUUCUCAGAAGAAGAUAAACCAUAGGUGCGUCUAGGCUCUGCUCUCUUUUUUUCGCAUGGAAUAUUUUCUUAUCUACGGUAAAUUUCUUUAAAAUGAGAUACAAGCCAAAAUGGGCUAGGAACGUACACCAAAAAAGAGUUCAGUGGAAAAGUUUAUAGAGAUAUAUACCAAGUUUGGUACGGCCUUAUACAAAGGCCUAUUAAAGACAAUUAUUAAGAAUAUUAUCAUUUAUGGGCUAGGCCUUUAUUCACGUGGUUUUAUUUCAAUUCUUUUGAAACCCAAACAAGACACCUCCGCUGGAAAGAACCGGUUCGGUUCGGUUCGGUUCGGUUGGGAUAGAUGGGGACAAGACGUUGUCACGUGAUUCAGUUACGAACAUAAACCGUUGGUUAAUCACGUGAUAACCGAUUUAUAAGGUUUGGUUAGGCUGAGACGGAGUUUGGUGAAGGACAGCGACACCACACAAACGUGCACUUCAGAAGUGUGUGCAGUGUACAGUACAAAUCUCUCCAUACCAUCUCAUCAUUCUCUCCAAUUCUCUUUUUUUCACACACUUAAGUUUAUGAUUGUAUCUUGUUGUAAUCAUUACAUAAAAGAAAAGAAAAUUUAACGAUGAGGACCCAUUUGAGCUCUCUUCAGAUGCUAUAUAUUUUCAUCUUUUUACAGUAGUACUUCAUAAGAAUGAAAUAUAAGUAAUAAAUUGAACCUUCUCUUAUUAAUGGUGAAAUGUAAGCAAAUUUUGAUUUAAAAAUUGAUCAUUGUGCUUCAUCUAGUUAAAUUUGUCGUUCUUUAGGUUGAAGGUGGACAUCAAUACGUUCCAAAGCAUGGACGUACUUGCUUGGCUAACAAAUAGUUUUUCUUGAUCACUGCAAUGAGUCACAAUUGUUGGCAAACAAGAUAUACAUAGCAGUCCGUAAUUUGAUAUAAAAAACUAGUUAAACAUAUAAUUAUAGAGAAACACUUUAAUGACUAGGAAAAAUUACAUUGUCAAGAGCUACUAUUGUAGUGUUUGAGUCGAUAGAGCAUGUUGAACGUUGCGGUUUCUUCCUCGUCGGUAACUUGGUAUUCAAAACUCUGCAUCUUAAAAUACCUCCCUAGGAAAUGUUUUUAAAAAUCUAUAUAUCAUAGAUAAUAACUAUCGACUACACGUACGAUAUAUAAAUUUGGACCUAUCCACACACCUUGGUUUAAAAAAGCGCAACAAGAAAAAAGAAGGGUGGUUUUUUUUUUUUUUUUUUUUUAUCAAAAAAAAAAAAAAGAAGGGUGGGGAAAAUCGAUAGAAGGUGCCAUGAAUGGAUCAUAAAGACACAACAACUGCAGAAUAGAGCCAAUUCAUACAAAACAAAAUAAGAUUUACAUAAAUGAUGAAUUUGUGGGUCUUGCAUUUCAUAAUUUGUUUUCCGCAGAAUUUAUAUGUACAUAUAUAUGAUUCAGUCUAAAGUUUGGACCACUUAAGUUUCUUUGGCAAUAUCUGGUGUGGCUGAAGAUGAAGUUGUCUAACAAAACCUGAAUAAAAAACAAUUCCAGAAAUCAAUGAUACUAUUUUGUUUCUUUAAUCACGAAAAAAUGUUUGUUGUUCAAAUUGGUUCAUAUGUUUCUCUUUUAAAAACAUUUUCCCCUAAAUAAUAUGGUGAAUAUAAACAACACUAAAAAGAAUGGUUGGGACAUGAAGACAUGGACUAUGAGUGCUUGUAGUGGAAGUAUGGAACGUACAUAUAUGUGUAUGUAUAGUCUUUGUUUCGGUUUCAGUUUCUAAAAAUGUGCAACACAAUUAACUUCUCUUCUCUGUUUCUCUUUGUUCUCUGUCUUAUGAGGAAUUGCAACGUACGAACGGACGAGGUCAGACGCACAUGUUCGUUAGCAAUUGUUUCAGAUUCCCCGCAUAUAUUUUCCUAAAUUUGUUAAUUUACCUAUUUUGUGAAUCAUAUUCACAGUGUUACUUAGUAAAAAGAAAAACUAAAUGAAGCAUGUUCGUCAGAAAAAAACCUAGUUUAUGCAAACUAAAAGCUUUUGAUUUAAUUAAGUCUAAGUAAUGUCAAUAUAUAGAUCAAACGUCCGAAAUUUCUUAAUCAACACUAAAAGUUAUGUAAUUAACCAAAUUUGUUUUAUCAUACAUAUAUAUACUGCUUCUGUGCUUGGAGGCUUUAACUGAUAAUGUUAGUGCAACUGGCUAAACUGGCACAUGACAUGGUACGUCGGUUUUGAUAGAUUACGUGUUUGAUAGCUUAAUGCUUUAUCACUUAUAACCAAGUUUUAGAUGCCAAUUAACGAAUUAUAAUGCAUAUAACUACCAUGAUUAUAACAUGAGAAAAUAAAAGAAAUCUCAAUCUCUCUCUCUCUCUCUCUCUCUCUCUCUCUCUCUCUCUCUCUCUCUCUCUCUCUCUCUCUCUCUCUCUCUCUCUCUCUCUCUCUCUCUCUCUCUCUCUCUCUCUCUCUCUCUCUCUCAUUAUUUUCCAAAGUAUUUGAUUAAAGGUAAACUUGAAUACAUAUGAUCAUUAGUAAGUACGUUGAAUUUAGGUGUCCAGCGGCUGCCAUAUCCCAGAAAAGACACAUUGCGUAUGAUUUUUUUUUUUUGUUUUUGUCGAUUAAAUGUUCGAGUUACUUAAAAUUAGCCCUUAAUAACCCCACCUAAAGUCAUUUAGCAAAAUAAUUAUUCAUUUUUUGGAACACCAACAAAAUAACAUUCAAUCGAAUAAAAUUUUAAAGAAUGUGCGAAGGCAUGUCAAUGACAUGAACUUGACGAUUGUGUCCUUUUUUCUUUUGAUGCAAAACAAGAAGGGAAAUUAGGUGAGAUGACGCUACAAAAAAGCAUAAUUGAUUGAGUAGCCAAUCAUCCUAACUUUUCACUGUUUCACAUAUCUUUUAUAUAAUAUUGCUGUAUUACCCCUGCUUGAAACCGGAGAAACCUGCUAGAAAAAAAAAAUUAAAAAUUACUAUUUUGCAAAAAUAUGUCGUGUCUCUUCCAGAUUCACACCCCUUUGAAUAGUUUCACUCCAGAUUCUCUCCACCGCGUUUUCUCUGAUUACAAUCCCUUGCUGAUUCGCAUUCACAUUCCAAUUUGUGUUGAUCCUUGCCGAAAAGACCUGUGUAGUGGCGAUCACCUCCAUCUAUGCAAACGGCACCAUCUUCCGUCACCACUGUAUGUUUUUCUCUUCUAUUUACUGUAUCAACAACAAAAUCUGUCUCUCUGAUACGGUUAUAUGUAUUAUCUCCACUGAUGUUGCGAGAUACAGUUACAUUUUUUCGCCGUGGAUGAAGUUGAUCGGAGAAGAUAAACAGUGUCUGUUUAUUUUGUUCUAUUCUAUUCGCAUAUGGAAUAGAAAUGUAAAACAAUAUGUGUUAUGUUUGUUCUAUUCUAUUCGCAUAUGGAAUAGAAAUGUAAAACAAUAUGUGUUAUGUUUGUUCUAUUCCUGUUAUGAAAUGCGAUAUAUUCUGCUA